AUGGAAGAAGGGGUCAAGGUGUGGGCGAAGGGCGGGCCCCAGCUGUGGCGCAAGGGGGUGGUUAGCAAGCGCGUGCCCGACAGAACGGGCGGCAGCGGCGUCGCGCGGAUCACGGUUGUGCUGGAGGAGGGGGGGACGGCGGAGUUCGCCGUGGCGGCGGACGAAGAGGAGGAGUGCACGGACGUCAAGCUUCGGAACGUGACCGGACAGGCCUCCACACUGGAGGGCGCGGGAGUGGAAGAUCUCACCUCCCUCACCUACCUGCACGAGCCCACCAUCCUCUACUCGCUGAGCCAGCGCUACGAGUCGGACCUGAUCUACACCGGCGUCGGCCCAAUCCUCCUCGCGGUGAACCCCUUCAAGAGGGUCAAGCUGUACUCGGACGACAUUUUGGCGGCCUACCGCAAGGACGGCGAGCUGCGGCAUUACGACCCGAACUACGAUGAGACCCUGGCCCCUCAUGUGUACGCGAUCGCUGACAAAGCGUACCGCAACAUGACCGCCCCUUCCAACGAGUACGAGCACCGGUCUCAGUCCAUCCUGGUGAGUGGCGAAUCCGGGGCGGGAAAGACGGAGACAUGCAAGAUCAUCAUGAAGUAUCUGGCCAUCCUCGGCAGCAAGACGGGGUCGACCGAGCUGGGCACGAUCGAGCAACAGGUGCUUGAGUCCAACCCUAUCCUCGAGGCGUUCGGUAACGCCAGGACUGUCCGUAACGACAACUCCAGCCGGUUCGGAAAGUACAUCCAGAUCAUCUUCGACAGCUACGGCAAGCUAACCGGGGCGCAGAUCAAGACCUUCCUCCUCGAGAAGGUGCGAGUGGUGAAGCACUCGGCGAUGGAGCGCAACUACCACAUCUUCUACAUGCUGGCGGCGGGGGCUUCCCCCGAGCAGCGCGAGGGCUGGGCGAUGGGCGACCUCAGGAGCCACCAGUUCACGUCGCAGUCGGGCUGCUACGACCGCCGCGACGAGGUGCUGGACUCAGAGCUUUACCAGGAGCUGAUGGAGGCGUUCAAGGUCAUGGGUUUCGAGGAGGACGAGAAGGCGAGUCGUCCGUCCGGUGGGGGGGAGGGUCUUCCGUUGCCGUGGGCCAGCGUGUUCCGCAUGGUGGCCGCCGUUCUCGCCCUCGGGGACGUGGACUUCGUCGAUCGACCGGACGCUGGGGACGGCGAAGCGCUGACGGCUCUGUCGGAGCCGAGCCGCCCGCGUCUCGAGGCGGCCGCCCGCCUGCUGGACGUUAGCCCCGACAGGAUACUGAACGCCCUGACCAGCCGCAAGAUCAACGCGGGCAUCAGCAACCAGGUACUGUUAAGGGUGUCAAAGCGGAAAAUUUCCUGUAGGAAAAAAUUCAAAAAAGCGUCCUCGGAUCUUGCUGAUGGAAAAUCGACCAACCAAUGAAAUUGCACGGGACCGUCGGAACCUCCCGAAAAGACCCUCUGACACACACGCGCGAGGGCGUGGCUCGCCUGUGUGCUUUGCGCCCUGCUAUGGCGCACAGCGCAUCACCAUUGCGCGGUCCCACUCUAGAACACAUGCCUCAUGACACACCCGAGCAGCAGCCGGGCGGUGAAGCCACGCAGACACCUGCCGCCGCCGCUGCUG